UGGGAAAAAAGGCAAGGGAGGGAAAGGUGGCUUCUUUCUUGGCUCCUUCAGCCCUCCAUUGAAGCAUCUUCACUAACUUUUUCUUUCUUAUGGACAGUUCCAUUCUAAUGCUACUUUUUCUGCCGUAUACCUUUUAUUGAAUUCUUGUUACUUUAUUACUGGAUUCUAAACUUAAAUCAAAUUUAUGAUUCUUGGUGCCAUUUCUUCAUAAACUCAUUUUCCUUCGUUCCCUGUAUUUAGCAUCCUCUCUUUCUUCUUUGGUUCGGAUCAAAGUUCUCAUCUUUCUUCACUUUACAUGUUCAAAAUUUAUGCUUUGUUUCCUAACCCCCUGAUCUUCGGGAAAUUUUAAAUUUUGGCUAAAUGGGAAUUUGCCAUGGGAAACCAUUUGAACCUCCACGGAGCUUCUUUGAGGACUCAACAAUUCCCAGUGAAAAUGAACAUGCAUUGAGCAGUACCCUCCAUACUGGGAAAACCCCAAGGUUCCCAUUUUACAGUCCCAGUCCACUGUUCAAUGCAUUCAAGAAUUCACCUUCCACUUCUACCCCUCUUCGAUUCUUCAAGAAGCCCUUCCCUCCUCCUUCACCAGCAAAGCAUAUCAGGGCAUUACUUGCUAGGAGGCAUGGUUCAGUGAAGCCCAAUGAGGCCACAAUCCCAGAAGGGAGUGAGUUUGGCAUUGGGUUGGACAAAAACUUUGGGUUUUCAAAGAAUUUUUUAAACCACUAUGAGAUUGGGGAAGAAGUCGGAAGGGGGCAUUUCGGGUAUACUUGUUCUGCAAAGGGAAAGAAAGGGAGCUUGAAGGGUAUGGAUGUUGCUGUCAAAGUCAUUCCUAAAGCAAAGAUGAAUACUGCUAUAGCUAUUGAAGACGUAAGAAGAGAAGUUAAUAUACUGCGUGCUUUAACUGGGCAUACAAACUUAGUACAUUUCUAUGAUGCAUACGAAGAUGAGAGCAACGUUUAUGUAGUAAUGGAACUAUGUAAAGGAGGAGAACUGCUUGACAGGAUUCUUUCCAGGGGUGGGAAAUACUCAGAAGAAGAUGCUAGAGCUGUUUUGGUUCAAAUUUUAAGCAUUGUAUCUUACUGUCAUCUUCAAGGAGUUGUUCACCGCGAUCUAAAGCCUGAGAAUUUUCUAUUCACAUCAAAUGAUGAGCGUUCUCCACUGAAAGCCAUUGACUUUGGACUUUCUGAUUAUGUAAAACCAGAUGAGAGGCUAAAUGAUAUUGUUGGGAGUGCAUAUUAUGUAGCCCCAGAAGUUUUACAUAGAUCAUAUGGAACAGAAGCUGACAUGUGGAGUUUAGGCGUUAUCGCUUAUAUUAUUCUAAGUGGAAGCCGGCCUUUCUGGGCACGAACGGAAUCCGGAAUCUUUAGGGCCGUUCUCAAAAUUGAUCCGAACUUUGAUGAAGCCACUUGGACAACAUUGUCCUCUGAUGCAAUAGACUUUGUCAAGAGAUUGCUGAACAAGGAUUACCGCAAGAGACUAACUGCAUCUCAGGCUCUGUGUCAUCCUUGGUUGGCUGGUCAUCAUGAUGUCAAGAUACCUCUGGAUCUGAUGAUAUUCAAGCUAGUAAAAAUUUACAUAUAUUCCUCAUCUCUCAGAAAAGCUGCAUUGAGAGCUCUGGCAAAGACAUUGACCAUACAACAAUUAAUUUACCUCAAAGAGCAAUUCACAUUGUUAGGGCCGAGCAAAAGUGGUUGUAUAUCGCUGCAAAAUUUCAAAACGGCUGUGAUAAAGAAUGCAACUGAUGCAAUGAAGGAUUCUGGAGUCCUGGAUUUCAUCAACACAGUAAGUUGUCUUCAGUACAAGAAGUUGGACUUUGAGGAGUUCUGUGCAGCAGCAAUAAGUGUCCAUCAGUUAGAAGCAAUCCAAAGCUGGGAACAACAUGCUCGUCGCGGCUAUGAGUUUUUUGAAAAGGAUGGAAACCGGAUUAUUGUUAUCGAUGAACUUGCAUCAGAGCUUGGAGUCGGCCCAUCGGUUCCGGUUCAUGUAGUUCUGCAGGAUUGGAUAAGACAAUCGGAUGGAAAGCUCAGUUUCUUGGGCUUUGUCAGGCUUCUCCACGGACUCUCAUCCCGUUCUCUCCAAAAGUCUUGAUUAUCCAUUUGCAUCUUUGGUCUUUUUUCCUGGAGUUUCAGUUUCUUCCAUUGUUCUAUUGCUG